ACGUCAGCGUACACAAAUAGCAAUUUGUUCCAUUUGUCACUCUUGACUUGACUUUCUGAUGAAUAAAGUCGAAGAAUCAAGCAUUCGGCAGGAAAACAUGACUUUAGGAGCGAGGGGAGAUUCUCCGUUGAGUGGGAAUAAGAACAGCGAAAGUAAACAGAGCAUGGACUUUCCUAUGUCAGACGUGGAGAAAGAUGAUCUCAAGAACGAGCUUCUGGACCAUGUGGCUAACAGCAAAGCGAUUUUCAAGAGCCAGCAGAAAGGAGAACCCGAGCUGACGUUCGAGGAGAAGCGUGCCAUAGCUGGGAAGUUGUUGGAAAAGAGCCACUGCUUGUUUCUAUCAAAAUUUGGACAUUAUUUGAAGGUGGAGCACUUGGAGUAUUUCAGCAAAAGUCAGGAUUACGAGACGGUCUAUCACGUAAACAGGUUGCGGAGAUAUUUUGAUAAUUCUACACGACAUAUCGACGUCAGAAACAGAAGAUACGAAGCUUUAAGGACGUUGAUAGAGAAGGGAGACUACUUUAGCGAAUGUGAAAUGAUGAAGAGAAAUCCAUUGUUGUAUGAACACUUAGUAGGGCAAUAUUUGACGGAGGAAGAGAAGAAAGCCAGAGAUACCAUUGAUACGCAAAGUGCAAAUUAUGUGGAUAUACUUAUGGAAACUGUCGAGAGGGACAAAUUACAAAAACGCUUGAAAUCCCAACAGAAGGAGGAGGCCGAAGUGCGAGAGGAGAAUGAUUCAGAUGACGAUAACGACGAUAAUAGCAGAACCAGCAUUGUAUCCAAGACGGACUUUGAUAAACCGAGUCGUCACCAAUGGGGCGAAGAUUUAGAUGAAGUAAAAGAUAAGAAUAAGGAUAGAGACAAGAAAUUACGAAGCAGUAAAAUAUCAAACCAAGAGAUAAAGUUACUUAGGCAAGAAUUUGUUACAAACAUGUAUCAGAGUUUCCUGGAUGGUAAAGAUAGAGAUUUUGAUUAUAGCACUGUAGAUGACAAUGAAGCUUAUGAUAAUGUAGAAUUACGAAAUCAAGAUGAAGAAGAAAAGUAUUUUGAUUCUGAAGCCCCUGAAACCGUUCUUACGUCUAAUGAGUGCAAUGAUCAAAACGAUGAGUCUGAAGACGAGUUGGAUAUAUAUAUGAGAUCACUGAAGCCAAUGACACCUGCCAUAACGGGAAUGGAGGAGCAGGAGAAGCUGCUGGAGGACGCAAUCGGCAUAGUGAAAGUCCAGGCUUUUCAGAUGAAACACUGUCUGGACAAAUCCAAGCUAAUGGAUGCGUUAAAACAUGCCUCUACCAUGUUAGGAGAGCUCAGAACCUCCCUUCUGAGUCCAAAAAGCUAUUAUGAAUUAUAUAUGGCAAUCACAGAUGAGUUACGGCACUUGGAACUUUAUUUGUUGGAUGAAUUUCAAAAAGGGAGAAAAGUUACGGAUCUCUAUGAAUUGGUCCAAUAUGUUGGUAAUAUUGUGCCUAGACUAUACUUGCUUAUCACUGUUGGUCUGGUCUAUAUCAAGACAACGCCUGGCUUGAAAAGAGACCUUCUGAGAGAUCUUGUGGAAAUGUGUAGGGGCGUGCAACAUCCGCUGCGUGGUCUAUUCUUAAGGAAUUAUUUGUUACAAUGCACAAGGAAUAUCUUGCCAGAUGUUUCCGAAGGGGACGAUGAAGAUGGGACUGUUCGUGACAGCAUAGAUUUUGUUCUAAUGAAUUUUGCGGAAAUGAAUAAAUUAUGGGUACGAAUGCAACAUCAAGGUCACAGUAGGGAUAAAGAAAGAAGAGAAAGGGAAAGGGAAGAGCUUCGAAUUCUAGUCGGAACGAAUCUUGUACGACUUAGUCAACUGGAAUCUGUAACAUUGGAUAAAUAUAAAAAGCUUGUAUUGCCAGGAAUUUUGGAACAAGUGGUUAGUUGUAGGGACGCAAUAGCACAGGAAUAUCUUAUGGAGUGUAUAAUUCAAGUCUUUCCCGAUGAAUUCCAUUUACAAACGUUAAACGCAUUUCUGAAGUCCUGUGCGGAAUUGCAAAAUGGAGUAAAUGUUAAAAAUAUUAUUAUAUCGCUGAUCGAUCGACUUGCAGCCUUUAGUCAACGAUCCGACGGCGUAGGAGGACCGGGAAGUCCUAACCAAGUGCCAGGAAUUCCACAAGACGUUAAACUGUUUGAUGUAUUUAGUGACCAAAUUGCAACUAUUAUACAGACGAGACAAGAUAUGCCUCCCGAAGAUAUUGUGUCCCUUCAGGUGGCUCUCAUAAACUUAGCACAUAAAUGUUAUCCUGAUCGUGUAGAUUACGUGGAUAAAGUUUUGCUUACAACAGUCCAAAUAUUCCAGAAACAAAAUGUUGAUAAAUUGGAGUAUAAUAGUGCCGUUUCAAGAGAACUAGUUAGAUUAAUGAAAAUUCCCGUAGAUAAUUAUAAGAAUAUAUUAACUGUACUCAAACUUGAACACUAUGCGCCCCUUUUGGAAUAUUUCGAUUAUGAGGGCAGGAAAUCAUUGGCUAUAUAUAUAAUAACUAAUAUCUUGGAGAACGAAACAUUGAUACCGACGCAAGAACAAGUAGACGCAGUGCUCUUCAUGGUAUCUUCCUUGGUCCAAGAUCAACCAGAUCAACCUAAUAUAGAAGAAGAUCCUGAAGAUUUUGCUGAGGAACAGGGAUUGCUUGGAAGACUAAUACAUCAUUUUAAAUCAGAAACGCCAGACCAGCAAUAUAUGAUACUAAGCGCUGCGAGAAAGCAUUUCAGUGCUGGCGGUAACAAAAGAAUAAAAUUUACUCUACCUCCCAUAGUUUUUCAAAGUUAUCAACUGGCUUUUACAUACAAAGCACUGAAAGAUCAGGAUGACAUGUGGCAGAAGAAGUGUCAAAAAAUUUUUCAGUUCUGUCACACGACCAUCACAGCGCUGAUGAAAGCUGAAUUAGCUGAACUACCAUUAAGACUAUUUCUGCAAGGCGCGAUAGCAAUCGGCGAAAUCCGUUUUGAUAAUUUCGAAAUGGUUGCUUACGAAUUCAUGAGUCAAGCGUUCUCGAUAUAUGAGGAUGAAAUAAGCGAUUCGAAGGCACAGCUCGCAGCAAUCACCUUGAUCAUCGCCACAUUCGAGCAAAUGAGUUGCUUUGGCGAGGAAAACGCUGAGCCCGUACGCAAUCAGUGCGCUUUAUAUGCCAGCAAAUUGUUGAGAAAACCAGAUCAAUGCAGAGGAGUCGCCACGUGUUCGCACAUAUUUUGGUCUGGAAAAUCUUUGGCUACGGGCGGGAAAGAGAUGCAAGAAGGCGGUAAAGUAUUGGACUGCUUGAAGAAAGGUAUUCGAAUAGCGAGUCAGUGCAUGGAUACAUCUGUGCAAGUGCAACUGUAUGUGGAACUGCUGAAUCAUUACAUUUACUUUUACGAAAAAGGAAACACAGCUGUAACCGUCCAAAUACUGAAUCAAGUAAUUGCGAAAAUUAGAGAGGAACUUCCCAAUCUGGAAGCGAGUGAAGAAACUGAUCAAAUACAAAAACAUUUAGCAAAUACGUUAGAACAUUUAAGAAAUAGGAUGGAAUCGCCAGACCCCGAUGGGCUUUCUUACCAAGGCCUUGUCCUUUAACAGUGCGGAAAAUCAGCAUUGUAAUUUUGUACAUAAAAUAUUUCUAUAAUAUAUAUAUAGAUUGGUUGCACCAACAACAGUUAGCAUUGAUUUCGAUUAACUUAAUUUUUGUUCUACUGCAGGCAAAAUUUUAUAAGUUAGAAGCAAAUAAUGAAUGAAUUAUUGCGAUUGUUGUUGCAACUCAGAGAUCAAUAGUUAUGAGAUUAUUUCUUAACUGGAUAGAUGUUUAAAUUAUAUCGAAUUGCCUACACGAAAUGAUUUCUCAAUGACGUAUCAAGCGUACAUAUUGAAAUUAAUAGAAUUGUAUGUAUAUUUGUUUUAAUAAAGAUUUAUUAUAUACACUUUU